GAAUAGGGUGGGGCAUGCGCAGUGCGGCAGCUCCCCUGUCGUUGCGCACGUGCGGCUCCGCGGCAGCCGGUGGCGGGAAACCGUGGAGAAUUGUGAAGCAGAAGUGCAUUGCAUGAAGAUUUCUCAGCACCAAUGAGCUAAUGAUCACAGCAUUUCACGGGACCUCCUGGGCUACUGAACGCCGGUGGUGAGCAUCCUCCGGAGAGCAGGAACAGGUGAGAGGUCACGGCCAUGGCAACCAAGGCAAAGAAUGAGGCCCCAGAUGGCGGCUGGGGCUGGGUGAUCGUUCUGUCGGCAUUUAUCCAGUCGGCUCUGGUGUUUGGAGUCAUCCGCUCGUUCGGAGUUUUCUUUGUGGCCUUUGUGGAUCACUUCUCGGAAGCCUCGAGCACAGUGUCCUGGAUCACCUCCAUGGCGGUCGCCGUGCAGCAGUUCUGCAGUCCGGUGGCCAGUGCUCUCAGCAGUUACCUCGGAGCUCGGCUGGUGGUGAUGUUGGGCGGUUUCAUUGCUAGCUUGGGCCUGUUCUUUGCUAGUUUAGCUACGAACCUGAUCCAUCUCUACCUCUGUAUCGGACUGCUCUCGGGGUUUGGCUGGGCGCUGGUCUUCACGCCGUCCAUCGCCGCGCUCAGUCGGUACUUCAACAAGCGGCGGACCCUGGCGAUGGGGCUGGCUUUCACCGGGGUGGGGAUUUCCUCCUUCGUCUUCUCCCCCCUCUUCCAGUACCUGCUGGAUGAGUACACGUGGCGGGGAGCACUGCUGAUCGUCGCUGGGAUGAUGCUCAACCUCCUGGUCUGUGGGGCAUUGAUCCGACCCUUGACCCUGAAGGAGGACCUGGUUUCCCCGGUGACGCCAGGUGCUGGGCGGUCCCGUUGCCCUGCCUCCUGCGGAGUGAUCUCUGACCUGCUGGACCUGACCCUGUUCCAACACCUGCCCUUCCUCACCUUCGUGCUGGUCAUCACCCUCAUCAACACCGGAUACUUUGUGCCUUACGUCCACCUGGUGGCUCACGCUCGCUCUGCCGGCUUCAGCGAGUACCAGGCGGCCUUCCUGAUGUCGGCGACCGCUGUGGCGGACCUGGUUGGCCGGCUCCUCUCCGGCUGGUUCUCGGACCAGCGCAGGAUGCGGCUGGUUCACAUCCUGGCCCUGUGGACCUCGCUGACAGGGCUCAGUCUGAUCAUCAUCCCCUUCGGCCGCACCUACACCCUGCUAAUGCUCAUCGGCAUCGCCUACGGUUUCUUCUCGGGCGCCCUGACGCCCGUGGUGUUCUCCCUGCUGCCCGAGAUCGUUGGCAUCGGCAGAAUUUACGGAGCGCUGGGGCUGCUGCAGAUGCUGGAGAGUGUGGGCGGUUUGCUGGGAGCUCCCAUAUCAGGUUGGCUCCGUGAUGCCACCGGUGACUACACGGCUUCGUUUGUGGUGGCCGGCAUCUUCCUCCUGGUGGCCAGCCUGGUCCUCUUUGGCCUCCCCAAUGCCUUGUCCUGCUCCUCCCUCCCACCUUCCAGCCAGCCCAAGGCAGAGGAAGAAUGCAAGCCCAUGGCAAUCUCGAAUGGACUGGGAUCGCACCAGCAACCCCCAAAGGAGCCCAGCGGCGCUGCUUCCAUUGAUGGAGAGAUUGCCUGUGCAUAGGGACUGACCUGCAGCUGGUGAGGAUUAAAUCAACCUCUCUUCCAAUUGCAUUAAAAUCAGAGUGAGUAUUUAGACCGUGGUGUUGGCCAAUGAGUUGAACUUAUGGCAUGUGGCACCUACUUGAACAAUCACUCCCUUGAACUAAAGCAAGACUGACUUUGUGAUUGAAACUUCUGAAAAGACUGUCAGUAAAACCAGGAUUAUUUAUUGCAGCAAAGUUCUGUGGAUGGAAGACAGUCAGCAAAUAGAUAUUGUGUGUGAAAUGAAUCUUUAGUUUACAGCAGUGUGGAACAUGGCUGUGAUUGGCUGGAGAAUUACCCUGUCAUCUGACCUGGCCAGAUCAUUUGGUAUCAAGAUACAUAGCCAAAGAAUAAACGACCAACUCUUUCUCCCUUUCCUAGCUAACCCAGGCAGACCUAUAAUGUCUCUGGUCUGUGCAUGAGUUAGCUAGGGAGUGGGUGGGAUUCCAUGUGACAUCAGCACCCAGUCAGGAUGACGGGGUGGGGAGUGGGUGGAUAGGAUUGGCCACCUGGUUUACUGACUUCUGCUGCCGAGACUUUGUGCUUGUAGGAAAAGGAGGUGGAGUGUGAUAGCUUUUGCUGUUGAAUAUCUUGUCCAUGUUUACUGUUGGCGGGCUUGUGUGUCUGUGAAGUCUUUGGUAAGCACCCAUUCGUGAUGAGAGUGGCAAAGCCCCUGCAACAGUGCAUGAGGUUUUCCGACAGCAGAGCUCUCAGCUUUUGGGGAGUCCCAAAGCACCUUCUGAUACCUGUUCCACCAGAGACUGUGGUGAAACCAGACCAGAAUAUCCCACCUUCCACAGCCACUCUCAAUGCUGAACAGCAGCCUUUGUGGGAGAUGCUGACUGCUGGGUUUGUGUGAGAGCAAAGAGACCAAACGUUUUCCCUUCUCUAACCAUCCCCUAGGCUGAAUUUUCAACCUAAUUCUUGUUCAGGAAUUUCCCGUGUGGCUGCAUUCCUGAGAGAAGAAUACAGUUCUGCCUAGUAUUACUGGAACUCAGAGAAGCAUCAACCCCACGCCAGUCCCACAGCCCACACCUUAGCUCAGAUGCCUGCUCCCUGAGCUAAGACUUGAACCGAUGCUGCCAGCUUGUUUUGGUGCUUGCUGCUAACCAACUCUCAACCGACACUGUUGAGGCACUCAGGAAAAUUACUUGGGCAACUGGAAUUCAAUGGUUUUGGAUUGCUUUUUAUCCAGAGAUUUUUUUGUUUGCUAUUUUCAGGCUCUAGCUUCUUUAAACCCAGUUUUAAAAAAAAAGCAAAGCAUAUUCGGGAGCCGCAAAGACCACAACAGCUGAAGGUGGAAAUCCUGCUCAUUUAAAACUUGUUGCUGUUCUGGUUCUCACUGCCUCUCUCUUCUCUUGCUCCAGGCUCGUGCCUAUUUUAGUGCCUUGGAACUCAGGAAUUGUGUCUAACUGUGACCUCGGGAUCAGAUGGGGGAGGUGUUGGGUGAAAGGGCAUUUGGAGACCCUCCGUGCAAUUUCUCAGGAAAUCCUUUCUAUCUGAUCCAUCAGGAAAAUACCAGAAACGAAGAAUCUUAAAACAAUAAAAUUCUUAAAAACCUGUGCUCUCUUUGUUUAAACCAGGGUAUAAUGUGUAUACCAAUGUGCUACUUAUCUCAGUGCUUGGGUUGUAGGCAUAGUAAACAGGAUUGGUCAUUUCAAUUUUUGGCCAUUUUGUUAGGGUCUUAUUUCAUUGUUAUUACAGAUUUAGUGAAAUUACAUCCAUUAUCGGGUUUCAUAUUUUCUUAUCAAUGUGAAACAUUUUAGCAACUGUAGAGUUUGUGUUCUACUAAUAAACUAAGAUGUGUUAUAUAUUUCACAUUUAUUAUAGAUAUAAA